ACAUUCCUCUUGAGACCACCUUGAAUCGCCAACUCGACCGAUUGCAGCAACAUCAGCGGCAAUUGGCGGAAACAAUCAUUUCAUUGGAACCAGAACAUCAACAAACAGCGCGAUCAUCAUCCCACCAGUAAGACACAUCAUCGUUCGCUUUAUCGCGAACCCAACUCCACACGCAGCGCGGACGCGAUAGAAGAGAAUGCAGAAUCAGCAUCAACGAUAACGGGACACCGAGUGCACGCUUUCGAUUCCCAGAAAAUAGUAUCUUUGUAUAAACUAAGAAAUCGGCAGGCCUCUGUAUAAGGAAAUGAAAUAAAGUUAGUCUAGAUUUAGCGACCAUCGAAAACGGUUUGACAUUUUUAGUUUUUAAAAACUCCGAAGUUCAUGGAGGGAACUUAACUGGCGCAGUCUUUGUGGAUUAGUUAAACGCGUUCCGCGAGUGAUUAAUGUGAGAAAAAACUGGCGUAUUCCAUCGAAAGGACAUCGAAGGAAAAAGCAUCAUCAAGAGGAUAUUGAUGAUUUGAGGACCUCCAACAGAAGCACCCGGAAUCAGCGUUGAACCUACACUAUCGAGGGGACAUCGAUAAAUAAAUUAGGCACACGACCCGGUAAAAUUCUGGAAAAUCAACAAGGACCACACAAUAUCCAUUAUACAUUCAUUAUAUAACCACACAAUAUUCAUUAUACACAUCUCAUAAAAAACAGAAGAAUUGUUUUGAAACGCGUAACCUGCGACUAACAUAUGAAAAAUAGAGAACAGAACAAUUUUUCAAAAUUGAAUAAAAUAAAAUUAAAUAACUUAACAAACACACUAAUAUUUCAUUUUUUUUGCAGGUAUUCUUAUUCAUCAGAAAAAAUUGUGUAAAGGGGAGAGAAAAUAAAGUAAAUAAAUAAUAAUAAAUUCAAACAGAAAGGUAAUAAAAAAAUAAGUAUGUAAUAUUCCUCAGAUACAGUAUUUUAUAUAAAAUUCACGAAAUUUGUCAACAAGAAAAUAUCUCGAAUUCAUGCAAUUUCAAAAUUAUACUUUUUCUAAAGCAACAACUAUAUUGAUAAUAACAUUUACUAACAUUUAUCUUAAGUGAAUAAAAUACAUUGUAAUUUUAUUUCUUCAAAUUCCUCAUAUCAAAACAAAACAAAAAAAAACAACUCUUUAUAUUACUAUCUGAUCAAAUGUAUAGGAAAAUGCUACGGAAUAUACUGAUAGCAUGGCUGACAGCUCUCACCCAAAUACACAGUGAUCCAAUUUUAAAUAUCGUGGAUCUUGGAAAUAACCCAAUAGUGUUAAUCAAACAAAUUAAUUGCAAAAUACAGACUGGAACAAUAAACAUUAUACAUCCAAUCAACUUAGAUCAAAUUGAGGAAAGCGCAGAACUUGUAACAGCAAAAUUUUAUGCUCAACUAACAUCAACUAACCCAUUGCACGAAGUUAUAAAAUUCCGAAUCAAAAAGCUGUACUCGUCCCUCUACGCAUUAAAACCACAAAAAGCGCACCGACAAAAGAGAUGGGAUACAAUAGGCACCGCGUGGAAAUGGAUCGCCGGUUCACCUGAUGCACAGGACCUGAGAAUAAUCAAUUCAUCCAUGAAUGACCUCAUCAAUCAGAAUAAUCAACAAUAUAAAAUCAACGAAAAUAUCAACAACCGAAUUACCCAACUGACACAGGCGAUUAAUCAAAUAGCUAGUUCAAUAAAUAACAGUACGAAAGAAUUGGAUAUUUUACAAGCAGUUACCACGAUGUUGAACGUUGAUAUUGUCAAUGAACUUUUAGAUAACAUUCAAGAAGCAAUCGCACUCACCAGAAUUUCUGUCAUCAAUAACAAAAUUCUAACAACACGUGAAAUAAAUGUGAUCAAAUCUGCUCUUCAGGACCAAGGAGUAGAAAUCAACUUUCCGGACGAAGCGCUACAAUUUGUCACACCCAAAAUUGCCGUCAAUAAUGGAGACUUACUGUACAUUCUGCACGUUCCCGAAUUGGAAAACUCUACAUCUACAAUUACAAGAAUUUUUCCGCUCAUCGUAAACGAUCAAAUUAUCAAAACCUACCCAAGCCACGUAAUACGACAUGGGCCGAAACUCUUCAAAACCAGUAAACCUGAAGAUUUUGUACAAAGAUCAUCCUACAUUGACGAAAUCGAAGAUGACUGUAUCAAACCAAUCAUACUCGGAAAGGAGUCUCGCUGCAUCUCAAUUUUCAAGAAUGACACAAUACAGCAGUUGAUCAACGAAAACACUAUAUUAAUCUCAAACGCCCGAAACCAGACACUCAAAUCCAACUGUGGACCCGAUGAUAGAACUAUCACCGGAAAUUUCAUAAUCAAAUUCGCAAAUUGUACAGUCAAGUUCAACGGUCAUAAGUUUCAAAAUUCAGAAAUAAUCGGUGAAACCGAAGUUCUGUACGGAGCACUUUAUAACACUCUAAUUCACUGGACAUUACAAAAAGAGCAUGACAUUACAGAAAUACGCGACACAGCGAUUAUCAACAGACAGAAAUUAGAUCACAUUCAUUUACGACAGAAUAGUCUUCGUUUCAGUCUAUGGACAACAUUCGGAGGAAUUUCUUUGUCAACAGUGAUUUGCUUCAUAGCCGUAAUUCUUUGUAUAAAAAAUAUUAACAUUUGCCCAGUAUUAAAACUUGGAAGAUCAAAAUCAAACAUCGAUCCGAGACGGCUCGAACUAAAGGAGGGAGAAGUUAACAUUCCUCUUGAGACCACCUUGAAUCGCCAACUCGACCGAUUGCAGCAACAUCAGCGGCAAUUGGCGGAAACAAUCAUUUCAUUGGAACCAGAACAUCAACAAACAGCGCGAUCAUCAUCCCACCAGUAAGACACAUCAUCGUUCGCUUUAUCGCGAACCCAACUCCACACGCAGCGCGGACGCGAUAGAAGAGAAUGCAGAAUCAGCAUCAACGAUAACGGGACACCGAGUGCACGCUUUCGAUUCCCAGAAAAUAGUAUCUUUGUAUAAACUAAGAAAUCGGCAGGCCUCUGUAUAAGGAAAUGAAAUAAAGUUAGUCUAGAUUUAGCGACCAUCGAAAACGGUUUGACAUUUUUAGUUUUUAAAAACUCCGAAGUUCA